AUGGAUCCCGCAUCCGCACCCGCACCCGCACCCAGCACCGGCGGUGCCGGCGUCGCCGACGACCGCGACUACCUGGACAAGGGCCUCGACGCCGCGGAGAAGAAGUUCGGCGGGGAGCGCUUCGCGGACCCGAACCGGAACCGCGCCAUGAACGAGAAGAUCACCGACUUCGUCCGGAAGAUGGUGGAGAAGGUCACCGGGUGA